UAUGACAAAUGAACAUUACUCGGCCUUCAGGCCAUUUCUGGCAGUUAUGAGUAACUGCAGAAAACUGGUCGGCUCAGUCUGGUGCGACUUCUCGUCGGGUGCACAUCGAGAGGACUUGUUCCCGCGGCUGACUGUACCUCGGGGCGAUCCGGACAUGUCCAACAUGGCGAUGGUCCUACUGCUCCUCCUGGCGGCUGCCACCUGCACUGCAGCUGCAGACAUGCCUGCCGGUGUCGACAUAAGUGACGUUGAAGAAAGGGUCGAAGCUUUAGAUGAGACUUUGGAAGAGAUAUUGUCGGAAAUGUCAGAGGAUCCUGGCCAAAAUAAUGACUACUUCCGACGUGGCCUCGACCCCAAUGGCUCAAGGAGCGGAAGCCUGCCUGGUCUACAAAGGGGAAUCCUACCGUGGAAAACUGGCUACUACCGUGACGGGAAAGAAGUGCCAGCGAUGGGCCAGUCAGACUCCGCAUUCCCACAAAUACCGGCCGGACAAGUACGAGUCGUACGGGCUGAACGAGAACUACUGCCGCAACCCCACCGGCCACUCCGCCCCCUGGUGCUACACCAUGGACCUGGGCAAGCCAUGGGAGAUCUGCAACGUGCCCGGAUGUGACUGUGUGAACUAUAAAGGAACAACCUACCGCGGGACCAUCGCCGUCACCAAGUCAGGGAAGACGUGUCAGCCGUGGGCCAGUCAGACGCCGCAUAGCCACAAGUACACGCCUGUCAAUUACCUGAACUACGGACUGGACCAAAACUACUGCCGCAACCCGUCUGGUAACGCCAUGCCGUGGUGCUACACCACGGACCCCGGGAAGAAAUGGGACUACUGUGACAUCCCAGGAUGCGAGUGUGUGGAAGGGACCGGAGCAACCUACCGCGGUACCGUGGCCGUGACCAAGUCAGGCACGCCCUGCCAGCGAUGGGACAGCACCUCGCCCCACAAGCCCAGCUACGCGCCGCCGGAUGGUAAAGAUCACAACUACUGCCGCAACCCAUCCAGGCAAGGCAUGCCCUGGUGCUACACCACUGACCCUGGGAAGAGAUGGGAACUCUGUGACAUACAACCAUGCGAAUGCCGCAUGGGAAAAGGGACGUCCUACCGCGGGACCGUGGCCGUGACCAAGUCAGGCAAAACCUGUCAGCGUUGGGACAGCACCUCGCCCCACAAGCCGUACUUCAAGCCGCAGGAUCGCAAAGACCACAACUACUGCCGCAACCCGGACGGCCAAGCCCAGCCCUGGUGCUACACCACAGACCCGGGGACCAGAUGGGAGUUCUGUGACAUCCCCGGAUGCGGGGACUCAAUGGGAGACAAGCUGGAAGCAUCGACACACUUCAAAGUGGUGAACAUCAGGAAGACAGUGGCCGACGCGAAGGCCUACUGCCAGGCGGAGGAGAAGGGUCAUCUGGCUGACGUCACCAGUCAGAGGGUCCAUGACUUCCUGGUGAAAACUAUCCAGGAGCACGGCAAGACGAACCUGAACUACUGGGUCGGUCUGCGUGAUGCUACGGGGAGCGGCGGCUGGGAAUGGGCGGACGGAACUCCCCUGUCGACCUGCAGCUACACGAACUGGGCCCCCGGACAGCCGGGAAACAUCGGGGGGCAGCAGUGCGUCAUGCUGAAGGCAAGAGCCGGCUUCAAGUGGGACAACGCUGGGUGCAGCCAGAAGAAGUACUUCAUCUGCCAAACAGGACCGGGAGAUACGGACGCGUGUGGGGGACAGUCAGCACGAGAAGUCGAAGCGGAUGUGGACCCGGAAAACGCCUUCGAAGCGAUGCGGUCCUCCCUCCUGCAGGAGGAAGCGGCGCUGUCCGACCGCGAGGCCGACAAGCUCCGCCGGUCCGAGUCCGAGGCCGACUUCCACCACAUGGUCCGCCUGACCGAGCUGAAGACCGCGCUGGAGUCGGAGACCGAGGACGGACCGGAGGCCAUGGAGAGGCUGAACCAGAUCUCGCGAGAGCUCGGGGAGGUUUGGCAGGCGGAUGAGGACCCGGAUGUGGAUGAGGACCAGGCUGAUGAAAUCCCGCGAGAGUUUAGCGUGACUUGGCGGCCGGAGGAGGACCCGGAUAUGCCGAUGACCGCGCUGGAGUCGGAGACCGAGGACGGACCGGAGGCCAUGGAGAAGCUGAACCAGAUCUCGCGAGAGCUCGGGGAGGUUUGGCAGGCGGAUGAGGACCCGGAUGUGGAUGAGGACCAGGCUGAUGAAGUCCCGCGAGAGUUUAGCGUGGAUUGGCGGCCGGAUGAGGACCCGGAUGUGCCGAUGGCCGAUGACGACCUAGCUGAUGAGAUCCCGCGAGAGUUUAGCGUGGAUUGGCGGCCGGAGGAGGACCCGGAUGUGCCGAUGGCCGAUGACGACCUAGCUGAUGAGAUCCCGCGAGAGCUGGGCGAGACUUGGGAGGAGCAGGAGGCUGAUGACGUCAGCGAGGAUGAGGAGGAUAGAGACGCCAUCUUGGAAGAGCUGGAUGGUCUCGUGGAGGAGCUGAGGGAGAUUGUUGAGGAGAAACAGAUGGAGAUGGAGGAAUGGGUUGAUGACAAUUAGUAGAAAGUUAUCGGUGAAAUCUACAAAAGUGAAAGUUAUCGGUGAAAACUAACAAAAGUGAAAGUAAAAACUAACAAAAUUACGUUUUUUUCUUUAUUUUCUAUUUUACUGCAGUGACAGAACAUGCGUUGUUCUUUUCGAGUGGUUUGAUAAUUGUUCAGAUUACUGCAUUAUUCCUGGUGAAACUAACCAAAGUUAGUGUUGUUUUUUUAUGGUCUAACUGAAAUAAAGAAACGAGAGGGAUGGAGAAAACUUGUAGUUGGGAGAAAUAGAGAGAUAGAUGAACAAAGAGAGAUGGUGAGAAAGACAGGUAGUUAGAGAUAAAGAGAGGGGGAGAGAGAUAGAGAAACCGAGGACGAGUGCGAAAGAGAUUGAAGGAGAGCGAUGAAGAAAAGUCUGGUUGUAAUGUCAGGACACGUUAGUUUAAGUUACGGUUAACACUUGGUUGUAAACAAACAAAGUCAGGUCGAACAAAAUCAGUACAAAAUGAUGAAGGUGACAGACAGUCACCGAAACGUUUACAGGAAUGAAUAGAAGGUUGUGAAACGACGAAGACUUUGUUCGAUUGAUCUACCAACCUGAUGAAACUAUUUACGGAAGAAAGUCAGGAUAGUUUUGUGCGCAACUGAUAUAUAAGAACAUGUGUUGUUCUUUAGAAUUAUGUUUUAUACAUAGUUAAGGUAAUGGCAGUAUUCUUGGUGAGACUAAAAAAACGGUAGCAUAGCUUUAUUACUUCCCAACUGAAAUGACGGAACAUGCGUUGUUCUUUUUAUUAAGUAUUUUGACCUUAGCAAAGAUGCAAGAUGUAAGUUUUUUCGAGGUGAUUAAAAUGGUUCGAAAUUAAAA